AUGGAAAUUGACGAAGACUUAAGUGUUAUAGAAGCAGAUCCAAUUUCACCAGAAGUAUCAUCUGAGUCAUUCGGUGAUAUAUCCUGUAUAACUAACGAUGAUAAAGAAAAUGAAAAUGUUGAAGACCCGCAUUCAAUUGAAACCGACGAAUCUGAUCAGGAAGAUGUUACAAUGUCAGAAUCAGAGUCAGGAAUAGUUGAUUCAAGUUUUGAUCCAACUGCUCUUAUAGAAAUAUCUGAUAUACUCGAUCUUGUUGGAAAAAAUUGGUCAAUAUUCCGUGUAUCUCCAUUAUGGAAUUUGAAUUUUGAUACAAACUAUUUAAACUUAUUAUCUAAAAAGUUGAAGAAAUUUUUAAUAAAUCAUAUAUCUACCAAUAUGAAGAACCAAAAGAACUCUUUCUCGGAAAUCUCUGUAGAAAUUGAAGCAAAAGAAGCACAUCAUGAAUGCAUUGCAUUAAAGAUUAAUGUUAUCAACAAUAAUACUAAUUCAAAACUUUAUACUGGUUUGCUAUUAAAGUCACCGAAUUAUGAACAAAAUUACGAUAAAAAUAGUUUAUCUGAUAUGCCUAUAUUAAUGAUACAAGGAAAUAAAUCAUUUUCAGUAGCCAUACAUAAUUGGUUAACUGAACAUUUUGAUUGUGUCAUUCGGCCAUAUGAAUUUGCUUUAUAUCAAUUUCUAUGGCUUAUUGCUAUAUCGAUGGGCGAUGCAGGACAAUUAUACAAUGAAACAGUUUUAUACCACUAUCUUUAUAAAAAUGAAUCAUCAAAGGGUCAAAUGGAUGUAAAAUGUUAUGCCGAAUCAGAGUUCCUUCGAUCAGUUCUAGCAAAACUUUCAUUGAAUCGGUCCUCUUCUGAAGCUACUUCGUUUCAUUAUUCAGAUUUAAUUAAAGUUCAAUCUGAUAUAGAGGACCAUUUUAAAAUAACAAGUGGAAUAAAUGUAUCAAAAUUAAAAUUGAAAGCAUUUGAAGCUCCUAAAGUUGCAUCAAUUAAUGUUUCUGGAAAAAUACAUGUUUGGUCAUCCACACUUAUCGAUUUAAUGUUAAAAUAUCUUAUGGAACUACAAAACAAUAAAUGGAUGCCUUAA